UCUGAAAUGCAGGGCAGGCAGGAACGAGAUUUGGCCAACCAAGCGGCUCAAACUCUAGACGUUAUGUGGCACAAUCUGCAGCAUGGUUUAGUUCGACAGGUUGCUGACUACUUUACAGACCUCGUUGGUCCCAUCAAAAAUCUUCAAGAAACAACCACCAUAGUUCCCGCCGACGAGACCGCCUAUCAACAGGCGGCCGACACUUUUCUUGUGGGUUCCAUUCUUUAUCUCUUUUAUAAACUGCUUUUUACAGCCCCACGUCCCACCAACUUGCUUGCCUUCAAGAAGGUUGAGCAUUCAAGGCGCGUGAAGCGAACUGCAAACCUGGCAGCUAACAACCUCAUUGAUCCCUGGCGAGGCAAUGUACUUCAGGCCCUCGCUUCAAACCUCGAAAGCGUUGGCAGUCAGGUGAGUAUGGCCGGCCGGGCGGUGAUGUCAGCCCGCCAAAAUGGAGCUAGCGCCCAACUACAGAAUGCCGCAUCUGACCACUUCGACUUGGUCAAGAAGCACUGGACUGAGUGUGCUGAGCGAACCAGAAACCUGGUCGACGAGGCUAUCGACGCCAAAGCCUUCAUCAAGGCUCAGGAAACCGGGAUAUUGAAGGAGACCGAUCGAAUCGAGGACAGUGUGGAUCAGCAUUGCCUCACCUCCGUUGUGAACGGAACCACUAGCAUUGCUCUGCGGGCGAAUCGUGUUCUGCAAGUCGCGAUGCGAGAAACUGUGAACAGCGAGGAUCCCAUCUAUGUUGACCGCGUAAAUGAAGCCGCACAAUGGUUACGAGCAACGAUUACUCCAAUGGUAGCUGAUACUAAGAAAAUGGUCCUGGCGAUGGACAAUCCAGAUGCUCGUGAGCACUGGCGGGUGUCUAGCAGAAACCUGGUUGAGGCCGUUUCCAACGUAGGCCAGGUGGUUGCGCCAUCCUACCUUCAUCCUUUCGUGUCAACCACAAUCCCUCCCUCCUAUGCUUACCACCAUAAAGUUAACGGUCUUGUGGGAAGCAAAUUCGGUGUCUCUGACGAGAUUCCCGUCGCAGAGAUGCGGCAGCUUCAUGUGCAAGGUGGGCCUUCCUGUGGUCGAAGUGACGACAAUUCCCGUCCUCUUUCCCCUGAAACAGACAUUGAGGAUGAAUUCAACUAUCCCAUGCCAGAGGAAAAUCAGCCAAUUAUGGCUGCUGCGCAUGCACUGCAUCAGGAGGCGCGGCUUUGGUCGAGUCGCGACAACGAGCUGAUUGCCGCCACCAAGCGCAUCGCCGGACUGAUGGCCAAACUCAGCCAGGUCGUACGGUCUGGUAUGCUAUUCAUUUCUCGGCAGUAUCGUGUCUGUGAAACGGCCGAUUUGACAGACACGAUGUCGGUGCCUGAAGACGUUCUUUUUGUUCAAUAA